AUAGAUGAGGGUUAGGGUUAGGCAAAUGAGCAUGCACAGUUAAAUAUCUAAACUGACUGAUAUACAGUAUAUCAAAUAUCAACCAAUACUCAAAUAAAUAAACUCAGUAACCAAUAUGGUACUUGUGUAUCAUGCAUCCAUACAUUUACAUCAUGCCACUAUACAUCACAUGACCUCACAUGUAAAUAAUCCUUUAUUAAUCUUCAUCCUCAUCCUAUUUAGCAUUUUCCGUCUCGAUUAGGUUGUCAGCAGCCAUUGUGAAAACGAGAUGGAUAUGAAAUGGAAACCGUUGCAUUGCAAAAGAAACUGCUUAUACAAGAGAUGUUACCAAAUCUCCAGUUCCUUAAUGAGUCAGGAAAACUCUUUGCUGAAACCUUCCACACGAUGGCAGCACCUUCCUAAAUUCUGCAGCAGCAUGAAAAACAACUACAAAGACACUCUACAGACACAGGUGCUGGAAGCGGCGGGAAACAAGAAGUUGGUGUUUGGUUGUGAUUUAUCCGAAGAGAAACUCAAAGACUUACAAGACGAGCAGAUCGGACAGCUUUACGAGCUUAUGCUUGAGUCCACAAAACCCAACCGGCAGUUUGAUAUUCAAGAGGAGGGAACGCCAAAGUAACGGCCUCUGAAGGGAAAAGAAGGAUUCUUUAUCUCCUCUCUAUGGGGAAGUCGUCCCAUUGGGACAUGAUUUGACUCUUUCUGUUGUUCUGUUGUUCAUAGCGAAGACCGAUGAUUAUAUUAAAAUGCUUCAAAAAGUA